AUGGAUUGCCACCCGCAUCUAAGGUACGUCCGAAAUAGAGAUGGGAAGACAGCUGAUGAAUUAUUCGAAGAGAACCACUUGCGUUUAAGGAAAACAGCACAGAGGGAGAGUAUUGAAAUGAUCAACAGCAUCAUAGUUGUGGCAACCCUUUUCUGUACAGUGAAUUAUGCAGCAUUGUUUACAGUACCAGGAGGUUUCGAUCAGAAUUCUGGUGUACCUGUUCUCAACAAAGACAACACCUUCUACAAGUUCAUAGUGGUCGUUUAUUCAGCAAUACUUUGUUCCUUCAUAAGUUUGUCAGCUUUAUUAUCAUUCCAACGUUCUGCUUUUUACGUUGAAGAAUUCUAUAUUUCUUUGCCUUUAAAAGCUAGUGCUGCUUCUAUUUGUUUGAUGUUGGCUGGGAUCUUCACUGUCACUGCUUCUGCAUUAGCAUUAAUUCUUGAAAGCAAGAGAGUUAACUCCUUCAUCUUACUUUGCCUAUUGCCUGGAUGCUCUUUAGAUUAG